GAUCCCCCUCCCCGACAGCCGCCGGAGACGCAGGCCGGAGCUCGGCCGGGCGGUGCCAGAUCCCCGCGCGCUCCUCCGCGGACCCUCGGCGCUCACAGCGCGCAGAGUCCGGCACUGCGGAGCGCGAGAGCCUGAGUGUGGCCGAGAGUUAAAGGGGGCCGCCGGAGACAAAAGGGCCUGGAGGCUUUAAGGACAACCCAACCCCGGGGCUCCGGCCCGGGAACUGCUGGAACAUGUGCGGGAGAGCUCAGUUUCCCUGACAGUCGUCAGACUAUGUUUUCACUUCUGAUUCUACUCAGCCAACUGCCCCUAGCUACCUUCGCGUUUCCUCAUUGCGCAAGAACUCUGAAGGAUGCCAGGCAUGCUGGAGAAGAAGUCUUUAAAUCAAAAGAAGAAGCAAAUUUUUUCAUUCAUCGCCGCCUCCUAUACAAUAGAUUUGAUUUGGAGCUCUUCACCCCAGGUGACCUAGAAAGAGAGUGCUAUGAAGAACUCUGCAAUUAUGAGGAAGCCAGAGAGAUUUUCGUGGAUGAAGAUAAAACGAUGACAUUUUGGCAGGAAUAUUCGAUUAAAGGACCAACCACAAAAUCAGAUGUCAACAGAGAGAAAAUUGAUGUUAUGGGUCUUCUGACUGGACUAAUUGCUGCUGGAGUAUUUUUGGUUAUUUUUGGAUUACUUGGCUACUAUUUUUGUAUCACCAAGUGUAAUAGGCAACCAGACUUGUGUUCUUCAGCUAUGUAUGCAAGAAGCAACCACCAUACUCCUUCCAUCAUUUUCAGAAGACCAGAGGAGGCUGUUUUGUCUCGAUCACCAUCGUUAGAGGACACAGGAUUACCUUCUUAUGAACAGGCAGUGGCACUGACCAGAAAACACAAUGUCUCACCUCCACCACCAUAUCCUGGGCCAGAGAAAGGAUUUAGGGUAUUUAAAAAGUCUAUGUCACUCCCAUCUCACUAAGCCCACCUCACCAUCUUGCUCUAGGAAACACAUGUUUUUGAAUAGCUUGUCUUCCCUGAACCAAAAGGACAAAAGGUCUGUUUUUAGCUCUUCAUUAUGGACAGUGAAGAAUAAAGGAUGAGUAAGCACUUGAAUGGCAUCAGGGAUCCAUUUGCAACUUGAAGCUGAACUUGAUCAGUUUGAUAAUGAUAAGACUUUGACUCCCGAUCUUUGAAGAUAAAAGAAAAACUACAUUUGUGUAAUGAGCUUUUGGUUGGUUGGUUUUUGUUUUGUUUUGUUCUUGGUGCUAAGGAUUAAACCCACGACCUUGAGCGACUCCACUAUUGAGCUACAGUCGCAGCCUCUAGAAUAUGUAUCUUAAUGGUUCAAAACCCUUCAUGAGGCUGGGAAUAUGGCUUAAUGGUAGAGUGUUUGCCUCGUAUGCAUGAAGCUCUGGGUUCUAU